AUGGCCCUUCCUUCUUGGGCGUGGCAGGAGAUUCGCUUGGAGAAAAACGCAUGGAGGUCAUACCGACGUAUUUGCCGAGGCAUCCUCGGACGGGGCAUGUGCUCAAGUCUGUCAAGUAGUUCCCAAUACAGUGUAUUAAGCCCCUACUUUACUACAACAACCACAACAUCAAAUACUUCUACAACCACGUCUACAACUUCCACAACAACUCCCACACUUACAACAUCAAUUUCAUCUACUACCACAACUCCACCAACUACAAAUACAUCAACUACUUCUACUACCACACCUACCACUACAACAACAACUCCAACAACUAUGAGUACGACUACUACUACUACUACCACCACUCCUACCACUACCACAACAACUCCAACAUCUACUAGUACACCAUCAACUACUACUACCACUCCUACCACUACCACAACAACUCCAACAUCUACAAGUACAACAUCAACUACUAUUACCACUCCUACCUCUACCACAACAACUCCAACAUCUACAAGUACAGCAUCAACUACUACCACCACUCCUGCCACUACCACAACAACUCAAACAUCUACAAGUACAACAUCAACUACUACUACCAUAUCUACCACUACCACAACAACUCCAACAACUACAAGUACAACCAUCAACUACUACUACCGUCCUUACACUACACAACCAACUCCAACAUACAAUACAACAUCAACUACUACAACUACCACAUUACAACCUACACACAACUCUACCAUUACUCCACCAACUCCGACAACUACAAGUACAACAUCAACAACAUCCACUCCAACACCUACUACUACCACACCAACGACUUCAACUACAACAACGCCUGCUACAACAACCACAAGCUCAACACCUAGCACAACUUCUCCCUCUCCCACCACUACUACUCUGACAACAGCAGAAACUACAACAAGAUUCACUUCUUCUUCUAGUUCUUCCUUCAGUGGUUCAACCCCUACUUUACUACAACAACCACAACAUCAAAUACUUCUACAACCAUGUAUACCACUUCCACAACAACUCCCACAACAACUCAUUUCAUCUACUACCACAACUCCACCAACUACAAAUACAUCAACUACUUCUACUACCACACCUACCACUACAACAACAACUCCAACAACUAUGAGUACGACUACUACUACAACUACCACCACUCCUACCACUACCACAACAACACCAACAUCUACAAGUACAACAUCAACUACUACUGCCACUCCUACCACUACCACAACAACUCCAACAACUACACGUACAACAUCAACUACUACUACCACUCCUACCACUACCACAACAACUCCAACAUCUACAAGUACAACAUCAACUACUACCACCACUCCUACCACUACCACAACAACUCCAACAUCUACAAGUACAACAUCAACUACUACUACCACUCCUACCACUACCACAACAACUCCAACAUCUACAAGUACAACAUCAACUACUACAACUACCACAUCUACCACUACCCCACCAACUCCGACAACUACAAGUACAACAUCAACAACAUCCACUCCAACACCUACUACUACCACGUCAACGACUUCAACUACAACAACGCCUGCUUCAACAACCACAAGCUCAACACCUAGCACAACUUCUCCCUCUCCCACCACUACUACUCUGAAAACAGCAGAAAUUACAACAAGAUUCACUUCUUCUUCUAGUUCUUCCUUCAGUGGUUCAAGUUCAAGUCUGUCAAGUAGUUCCCAAUACAGUGUAUUAAGCCCCUACUUUACUACAACAACCACAACAUCGAAUACUUCUACGACCACGUCUACCACUUCCACAACAACUCCCACUAUUACAACAUCAAUUACAUCUACUACCAUAACUCCACCAACUACAAAUACAUCAACUACUUCUACUACCACACCUACCACUACAACAACAACUCCAACAACUAUGAGUACGACUACUACUACUACUACCAUCACUCCUACCACUACCACAACAACUCCAACAUCUACAAGUACAACAUCAACUACUACUACCACUCCUACCACUACCACAACAACUCCAACAUCUACAAGUACAACAUCAACUACUACUACCACUCCUACCACUACCACAACAACUCCAACAUCUACAAGUACAACAUCAACUACUACUACCACUCCUACCUCUACAAUAACAACUCCAACAUCUACAAGUACAACAUCAACUACUACUACCACUCCUACCACUACCACAACAACUCCGACAACUACAAGUACAACAUCAACUACUACUACCACUCCUACCUCUACCACAACAACUCCAACAACUACAAGUACAACAUCAACAACUACUACCACUCCUACCACUACCACAACAACUCCAACAUCUACAAGUACAACAUCAACUACUACCACCACUCCUACCACUACCUCAACAACUCCAAUAUCUACAAGUACAACAUCAACUACUACUACCACUCCUACCACUACCACAACAACUCCAACAUCUACAAGUACAACAUCAACUACUACAAUUACCACAUCUACCACUACUCCACCAACUCCGACAACUACAAGUACAACAUCAACAACAUCCACUUCAACACCUACUACUACCACACCAACGACUUCAACUACAACAACGCCUGCUACAACAACCACAAGCUCAACACCUAGCACAACUUCUCCCUCUCCCACCACUACUACUCUGACAACAGCAGAAACUACAGCAAGAUUCGCUUCUUCUUCUAGUUCUUCCUUCAGUGGUUCAAGUUCAAGUCUGUCAAGUAGUUCCCAAUACAGUGUAUUAAGCUCCUACUUUACUACAACAACCACAAAAUCAAAUACUUCUACAACCACGUCUACCACUUCCAUAACAACUCCCACAAUUACAACAUCAAUUUCAUCUACUACCACAACUCCACCAACUACAAAUACAUCAACUACUUCUACUACCACACCUACCACUACAACAACAACUCCAACAACUAUGAGUACGACUACUACUACUACUACUACCACUCCUACCACUACCACAACAACUCCAACAUCGACAAUACAACAUCACAAUCCACUCCAACUCCACUACUACCACGUCCCACGAACUUCAACUACCAUAACGCCUGCUACAACAACCACAAGCUCAACACCUAGGACAACUUCUCCCUCUCCCACCACUACUACUCUGACAACAGCAGAAACUACAACAAGAUUCGCUUCUUCUUCUAGUUCUUCCUUUAGUGGUUCAAGUUCAAGUCUGUCAAGUAGUUCCCAAUACAGUGUAUUAAGCCCCUACUUUACUACAACAACCACAACAUCAAAUACUUCUACAACCACGUCUACCACUUCCACAACAACUCCCACAAUUACAACAUCAAUUUCAUCUACUACCACAACUCCACCAACUACAAAUACAUCAACUACUUCUACUACCACACCUACCACUACAACAACAACUCCAACAACUAUGAGUACGACUACUACUGCUACUACCACCACUCCUACCACUACCACAACAACUCCAACAUCUACAAGUACAACAUCAACUACUACUACCACUCCUACCACUACCACAACAAACCGUCACCAUCCACCUAUGACCUAA